GUUAAUCCUACUUCUUUGUGUCGUCCAGUUACUUUUAAGAAGUUAUUUUACAAAUCUUGUCCUCCGUUUAGUAGUUAAAGUUCUAUUUACAUUUACUAUGUCAACUAGCGAUGCAAAAUCCAAAGGUCGGAAACAAACGCUCCUUCAGAAAUAUGAUAUGAUUGUGGAAUAUUUAUCAUUUGAACACAUAGAUAAAUGUGAUAACAUUAGGGAACUGGAAAAGAUUCUUAAAAUCUUGAGAUCUGGCGAAGAAGGUCAUUACCCUCACUUAGAAAAGGCUGCGGAGGAGAAGCUUAGAAAGUACUCCCCGAAUAACCACUUACUUCGGGUUGAAACACUUGUCAUACGAACUUCAGCCCUUGCUCACCAAGACAGGGAACUUGUGUCCAAUGAUAUGCAGAAAUGGGCCGAAGACAUGUCAUCUCGUGAUAAUCUCUUGAGAUCUCAAGAAAUCAGUACUUCUAUCACAGAAGAUACUCCAGCUAUACGCAAUUCUUCAGUUUCCAAAUCUGUCAUUGAAAAGAAUAGAAUGAAUAAAUCUUCCUCACCUCAACCAAAAACGAAAUCAAGUCAAAAGUGCACUCCCAAUGACUACACAUUUUGGGAUAAAUUUGAUGCCGAUGGUGAGGUCUUAAAAAUGGAUUUGGAGGAAGAAAGACUUGCCGAGAAGAAAUUGAUUGAAAGAAAACAACAAGAGGAAAUUCAAAGAAGUAAAGAUAAGAUCAAAAUGGAGGAAGAGGAAGCUGUACGUGAUCGACUAAGAAACAUGAGGAACACUGCUGGCUCUGGUGAUGACCUUGCCUUCUCUGAAAGGGAAUUUAAUUCUUUACAAGAAAAGGCUAAAGGCAAUGAAUAUUUUCGGGACAGAGAAUUGAUGAAAGCACUUGAACACUAUACUCGCAGUAUCUCGUUUCUUCCCAAUGUGGAUGCAUUCAACAACAGAGCUCAGACUUAUUUAAAACUUAAUGAUCAUAGCUCAGCAAUGGAAGAUUGUAAGUCGGUUUUAAGUAUGGAUCCGAAAAACGUUAAAGCAUACUACCGCAGAGGUUGUGCCCUUUUCUCCCUCGAGAAAUAUCAAGAUGCCUUGGAUGACUUUGAGAAAGCACUUGAAAUGAAUCCCAAUGAUAAGGAUAUUCAGGAAUAUGUGAAGAAAGCACGACUGAAACUUGGAAUCCCAGUCUCCAGUAAAAGAGUUCGGAUGGCUAUUCAAAGUAAAACUCCCAGUCUUGUUGAAGAAACUGGAUCUGAUUGUGAUAAUAUGUAUUAUCCAUUUUUCAAUGUCAAUCCCAAUGAAGAUAUUGCUUUGAAUGCAAUUGGAACAGCUAAAGUGAUGUGCCGUUGCAACGGAACACCUGGCUUUAUGAAAAAAGUUCGCUCUCUGGAAGACAUAAAAGACCAUGGUCAAAUUUGCUUGCGACGCAACACCAGACCUCUAAAGAAAAAUACAUCUUUGACUUCAGAAGUAAAUCAAAAGCCUGAAGGGCAGGCUGCUCUGACAAAUGGAAAAUCUGUCAUAUCUGAGGAUAAUUUAACAACAGAUGUAAACUUGGUACAGAAAGAUGUUAAUACUAACUCAAUUAGUUCUCUUAAGACUGCUCCGAAUAUGCAAGAAGCAUUGGGUGUUCUUGAGAAACUGAAGACACCUGACUCUUUCUCUCUGUUUUGGAGUGCAGUCAAAGAUGUUGAGGACUUGCCCACUAUUGCCAAAGCUCUACGUGUUCUGAACCCCAAAAUAAUAGUCAAAGUUAUUGGUAAUCAACUGAAAGGGAAAAUGCUUACUCUUUUUAUCAUGGCAUUACGUGCUCAUUUUUCUCUUCCUAGUGAAUGGUCCACUGUACAGUGUUAUCUAUUAUCCUUUUCAAGACUUCCUACCUUUACACAUGUUACAUCAAUGCUAGAUAAAAGAGCAAAACAAGACCUAGAAUUGUUACUCAAUGACGCAGAGCGCCUGGGAUUACGUGUAUCAGACCUCCUUCAGCUUUAUGGUUUGACAGGUCCUUAAAGGAUCAGCUUGCUGUAUUUUGGGAAGUGCUGUAUGUGAUGUACCAAAUGUCAUCUUUGUAUGCUACCUGAAGGUAAAUCAUGCACUUUUUCUGAGGUGAUGCAUAUGAAUUUGAUUAUAGGACUGAGAAUCCACACUGAUUUUUAGAGUAUAAGUAGACUGUUAAAUGGUAAGAAGUUUAAACUUUAACAAAUUAUGUUCUAACAAUUUUUUUUGUGGCGAGAAUUUAUAGAUUUCCUUGUGUUAAUUCUAGUUCAUUUCUACUAUAAAGUGUUACUUCUGUGUUGGGUUUGUUUUCAUUAAUUAAAUUUUAGUUUGCAGUUAAUGGUUAUUACUACCGGUAUGUCGGAAAUUAUUUGAUCAAGUAGGACUUCAUUUGUUACCGUCAGCAUGCUCCAUCUUUUACAUUGGUGAUAAAUGGUUAGAGCAUCUUUAUGUACUGGAGGCAUUCUAUCAGCUCUACUGAUCUGCAGUCCUAUUUGAUUAUUAUAAAAAUAAUUCCUUUAUUCAAACAUACUUAAUUUAAUGUUGGUUAAUUAGGCCACUAUUUACUGAGUUCAGGGAAUGAAUGAAUGGAACAAUUUCUCUAGUAGCCCCAUUUUUAAAAUCAAGCUAUUCAAUCAGCUUUGUAGUGUUCUUGUUAGAUGCUAUACUUGGUAGUCAUUCACAAACCACCCGCUUCUUUGAUAUUAGUACUGUACUCAGGUAUUUUUCAAAUGCCAUCAAAUCACUAGUCGUGUGAUUAUUGUAUUAAAUCAGUCCUAACUAGCUGCCUCGGGUGUAAGUCAGAUCAUUUUUGUCCUAAGUCAUGAGUUACUGCUAUUUUCAGCAAUUAUUCAUCUGUUUCCAUGCAAGUUAUUUAAUCUAAAGGGUUUUGUUUAGUGUUUGCAAAAUGUUGCUCAAUGUUCUAAUCCCUCUCAGGAACCAGGAAUGAAAUUACCCUCAGUUUAUUAUAGUUACCAAUUUUACUGCCAAUUCGGAUUUUCUCUGUUGGAAAUUUGUAAAGAAGUAAUUCUGUUUGAUGUUCCAAAAUUGCAUUUGGAAGCCAUUAUGAAUUUUUAAGUCACUAGUUGAUGUUUCUUAUACAAUGUUAUUUGUUUACUGAAUUAGUCAAGAGUUAGGAUUUUAUUUGCAGUGCUCAUUGCUAUUUAUUGAGUGUCUUAUAGUUAUAUCUUAUUCGCAAAUGAUGUUGGUUCUCAUGUAUGUAUUUUCUGUGUGUGUUUCAUGUACUGUCUGGGGUUCCUGUUUGGUAUAAAUUCAAAUGGGGCACCAGGAGUACUGCAGUAUUGUUUAUUACAACCCACGCGUACAAUAAAUGGAGAUUGAAAACAAUAAAUACAAAUUAGUGAAAACUUGA